UUCAUUUGUUUUAGUUGGUAUCACUGAAAAUACCCUGUUUUCCCUGACAUAUGCCCUUUUGUCAUAUCCGUCCAAAUUGAUAUUUCUUUAAGGCCAAAAUUCUCUCUAAUUUCCAUUUCUCCGUGAUAUGCGUCCAUUUUUUUGGCGUCUGAACUGCAGUUUGCCAUUUCGGCCGCAGAAACUACUGCUUCAAAUCGUGAUUUUGAAACAAACAAUGGAAUUUUCACGUAGCUAAUUGCUCAUUUUCCCGCCCAAAGGGAAAUAAUUAGAACCACAGCCAAAAAUUAGCAAACAUUUUUCGGUUCGGUAGCUAGUUUUGUUAAGAGUCACUGAAAUGCCGCACUAAAUUACCUAAGCUUGCAAAGAUUUGGUUGAGAUUAUUCGGGUGAAGCUCCUUUUCUCUCAAACAGAGAAAACUAUAAAACUUUAAUCAAUUGAUUUGGCUGAACUUCCGUGUUUAGUAGUUUUAUUUAUGCACCAAUUAAACAUUUCUUUCAUUGUUUUCCUUUUCACUUCAGCGCUGAAUUUUCUUCAAACGUUAUUUCUUGAAUUUCCCAAAUUUUACCAAAAUUCUCUUUUUAACGAUUUGAUUGGAGCUCUAAUCUUCCUUUAUUUUUUUCUAUAAAUUUCUCAAGUAACUGCUACUUCAAGCGUAGUUUCAACAGUAAAAAGGGACAUUUGCCUGUGAAUUAUUCCUCUUUCAUUAAUACCCAAAACCGAAAUGAUAUUAAAAUACAGCGCCAACUUUCUAAUCAAUCUCUCAUCUGAAAGGAGGUUAGCAGAAAUCUAAAGCAGACAGACUCGCUCAAAAAUUUCAGCUAAAAGUCCAAAGUGCGUCACAAAAUUGAAUUUUACUCAGAAAGAAGAGAAUUCUCCGCUCAUUUUUGUCCACCACAAACCGCUAACAAUUGUUUUAGAUGAUUUAAUAUUUACAGUUUCCAGACACAUCUAUUUGACUUCAGCAAUAAUUAUCCUCAACGAUUCCAACUUAUGAAGUUUUUUUUCAUUGGUUCAUUCGAAUUUGAAAUUAUUAUACAUUUACUUGUUUAUUUGUUUUCGAAACGAAUAAUCGAAAUUGAAUCAGAAACAGAAAAAAUAAAGCCGCAAAUAUGACUAUAAUUGGGAACAAUUCGGGCGAAAUUUGGCGCGAUUUGCUUCUGUAUUCGGAAACCGAAUGCCUAGUGAUCACAUUCGGUUUUGCGGCUUCGGGUGUUCUCGGCUCUAUUUUCCACUUGUUCGUAUUGUCGGUUUUGCUUUACAAAAUGAAGCGAGACGUGGUUCGUUCGGCGUCCGACCAAUUCUUCGUGUUUCUUACCGCGACUGACCUCGCCGCAUGCUCGCUGCUGUUUCUGUUCGAGUGUCUUCACUUCGGCUCCAAGUCGUGCAACGAAGGCGGGAGCGAUUUUUUGUUCGGACUUACAAUUUUCCUCGAAGCUUUAUCAACUUUAGCUCUUCAAAGCAUUGCUAUAAAUCGUUUUUUUCUAGUUUGGAAAUACAACAAUGUAGUUUUCAAUUACCAAAGAAGUUGCUUAUUGAGUAGUUUCAACGUCGCUUUUUCUUCUUUGUUUGUUUUUAUUAUUCUCAAAAUCCAAAAUGAACAUUACAUAAUAUUGGAUCUCUACAUGUACUUUAUUCUUGGAAACCUUUCGGCUAUGGUUCUCAUCUACUGUCUCAUUUUCGUGAAACUCUGCCAGCGAGUGAAUGCACAGAAUCAGAGAAACUCACAGCCAUCCAGUACAUCAGGCCGACAGAUAAAAGAGCCGAUUGUGAGGCUUUUGGUGCGUCUGUCAGAACACAGACGAGAACGCAACGCAGCCGUAGGCCGAAGUGCCGUGUCUCCGGAUACGACCCCGCGGCCGAAUUGUGACUCCGCCGUAGCGACUCCAAUGGAGCAGAUGAGAAACCGGUCGGCUAUAAUAUCGCUGGUUAUAACUGCAGUUUAUAUGGUAUGUUUUUUACCUAAUGGUAUGUUAUCUCUGGCCAUUUCGAUCAACCCCAGCAUUCUACAAAGCGAUACCCCGAAUGAAAACUUCGCAUUCUGUGUGAAAUACUUUCAGUUUUUCUACAAUCUCAAUUUCAUCAUAACUCCAAUCAUUUACGCAGUAAUGAGUCAUCAGUUCCGAUGUGAGACGAAAAAAAUGUGCACCACAAUCCGAGCGCAAUGGUCUGCUUUGAGGAGUCGCAGCGCGCGCCAAGGGCAAGUUGCCCGCCGUGUUGUUCACAAAAACACGACGACGACAGCCGACACUUGUGCAACUACAGCAGCACUUACGCAUGAAGUUUUCCCAGCCCCCAGCCCUGCAAAACCGAGCAACCUGAAAACGGUAGCCGAGAACGAAGUGUAGCAAUUUCUCAUAAGCUCCAGCUCAUUUCUAUACGAUGAUUAUAUU